AUGAAUCGUGGUAGUGGUCGUGAUAAAUUUGGUGGUGGUGGUAGUCGAAGCUUUGGUAGCCGAGGUGCUGGCAGCAAUAACAACCGAGGAGGAAUGGGCAAUCGAGGUGGUCCACGUAGCUUUAGUGGUCGUGGUGGUGGGCUAAGUAGUGGUGGCCGUUUUGGUGGUAGCUUCGGCGAUAGAAAAUAUGAUUUCGGAAGUCGUAGCGCUUCUGGUGGUAACAGCCUUCGCCCAAUCGAUUGGAGUCGUGAAAAUCUUCGACCGUUCGAAAAGAACUUUUAUCGUGAACAUUCUGCCGUCAUGCGUAGGGAACAGGUUGAAAUAGACAGAUGGUUUACGGAUAAUCAGGUUACUGUUGAGGGGAACGAUCUUCCUCGUCCAGUUUUUGAUUUUAAGGAAGCUGGUUUUCCUCAGGUUCUCACAGAUAUGCUUUUUGCAAAUUUCCAAAAGCCAACAGUUAUUCAAUCAAUAUCAUGGCCAAUUGCAUUGAGUGGUAGAGAUAUGGUUUCAAUUGCUAAGACCGGUUCUGGAAAGACUUUCGCGUUCAUUCUUCCGGCAAUUGUUCAUACAAUUAAUCAACCACCGCGAGGCCAUCAGAAAAGUCCAUCAGUAUUAGUGCUUUUACCAACCAGGGAAUUGGCUCAGCAGGUCGAAGAAGUGGCUAAAGAUUACUGCAGGGCAACAGAUCUCUUGAUAACAUGUUUGUUCGGUGGUGCACCAAAAGCUACACAGGCUCGCGAUCUUGAACGAGGUGUUGAUAUCAUAAUUGCGACACCAGGCCGUUUAAUGGAUUUCUUGGAAAUAGGUAAAACCGAUCUUCGGCGAUGUACUUAUCUUGUACUUGAUGAGGCUGAUCGAAUGUUAGACAUGGGAUUUGAACCUCAAAUUAGGAAAGUUGUAUCACAGAUCAGACCCGAUCGGCAGACAUUAAUGUUUUCGGCAACUUGGCCAAAAGACGUUAGAAAACUAGCGAUGGACUUUUUGACGGAUGCCGCACAUCUGAAUGUCGGUUCUUUGGAAUUAUCAGCAAAUCAUAAUAUAACACAAAUUGUUGAAAUUAUUGAUGAGUCGAACAAGCAGCAGCGUCUCAUGGCUAUUCUUAGUGACAUUAUGAAUAAGGAAGAUUGUAAAACCAUAAUUUUCGUGGAAACAAAACGCAAAGCGGAUGAUUUAACACGUUGGAUGCGGCGAGACGGCUGGCCUGCUUUGUGUAUUCAUGGUGAUAAAGGUCAGUCGGAACGUGACUGGGCUCUAAGUGAAUUUCGAAGUGGGAAAACUCCAAUUCUAUUAGCAACUGAUGUAGCUGCUCGUGGAUUAGAUGUUGAUGAUAUUAAGUACGUCAUAAACUUUGAUUAUUCGAAUAAUUCGGAGGAUUAUGUGCAUCGUAUCGGACGAACAGGACGACGUGAUAAAACUGGCGUUGCAUAUACGUUCUUCACUUAUGCAAAUGCUCCAAAAGCGAAAGAUCUGAUAAAAGUUUUGGAAGAGGCAAAUCAAAGUAUACCUCCAGAAUUACACCAAAUGGCUAAGGAUAACUUCAAUGGAGGACGUGGAAGAUAUGGUGGAGGUUAUAAACGAAGCUAUGGCGGUGGUGGUAAUGAUUUCUCCAAGAGGCCCCGAUUUGAUGCGACAGCACGAUUGGGUUAUGGUGAUGGCUGGUGA